CGCCAUAAACGAAGAAGAAAACUACACACUCGCGUCGUCUUGUCGUUGCUGUAGGUACCGAAGAAAACGACAGUUUUGGUCAGUUAAAACAGUCUUUUUGCUGCAUCAUUUGAAACAGAAAUGGCUUUGGAAUCACGCGUCACACAGGAGGAAAUCAAAAAAGAGCCAGAGAAGCCGAUCGAUAGAGAAAAGACCUGCCCCCUGCUGCUGCGAGUCUUCACCACCAACACCGGCCGGCACCACAGAGUUGAGGAGUUCUCCCGAGGCAAUGUUCCCUCCAGUGAACUGCAGAUCUACACAUGGAUGGAUGCCACUCUGAAGGAGCUGACCAGUCUGGUGAAGGAAGUGUAUCCUGAAGCCAGGAAAAAGGGCACUCACUUCAGCUUCGCCAUAGUCUUUCCCGACAACAGGGCCAAAGUGUACAGGCUGAAAGACAUCGGCAGCACGAUGUCUGGCAGGAAGGGGGUGGAUGACUCCAUGACGCUGCAGUCUCAGCGCUUUCAGAUCGGAGACUAUCUGGACAUAGCUAUCACGCCGCCCAACAGAGGCCCACCCCUAAGUACACGCAUGAGGCCCUUCUAAAUACAAACAUGUCUUUUUUUUUUUUUUUUUUUUAACAACUGUCACAUAUAAAAUGUGCUGUAAUAAAACAUUAUUU